AUGUUUGCUGAUAUGAAUAAUUCUAAAAGAAUGUAUCAAAUAAUACUUAAGAAGUUAAGAGAUAAAAUUAAUAAAAAUAAGAGACUUGAGGAUCAAACAUUGCUGAUGAAAAUAAUUCUAAUAGAAUGUAUCUAG